GCGAGGGAAAGCGUAGACUCAGAAGUGUGCUUGUCUUUUGGGGAUAUUCCUCGCGCUGAAGAAGAACGCGGAGUUGUCAGUGGCUUUUGCGCUUCCAUAACGCUUCUUAGACCAAUAUCAAACGGAUUUUAUAACAAUUGUACCAGAUGAAAACUAUAAUAGAUAGGAAGCACACCGCGCUCAGGUGCUCACUAUAGGACUAUACCUUCUGGGGCUACAGAGAAACUCAACGGCGUUUCAUUGGAUUCACUCCAGGACUCACAAGUUUCUUUGGGCAGUGUGGAGCAGUCAGUGACCUUUGUGAAUCGUAUCGGACCUGAACGGAUGCACCAUGCUGCUGGAGAGUCCUUGGGCAGUCCAGAUUCUCCUGGCUCUAUGUGUCCUGACAUUGGGUUUGGAAAAUGACCCUCAGAAUUCCCCCCGGGUCUACCUCUCCUUCAAAGAUCUGAGGUCUACAGAGACAGCCCAUCAUUUUUCCUUCCUGUUGAACACAUCAGACUAUCGCAUCUUGCGCAUGGACGAGGAUCACGACCGCAUGUACGUGGGCUGCAAAGACUACAUCUUGUCCCUCGACCUCCACGACAUCAACCGAGAGCCCCUCAUUAUACACUGGCCUGUUACUCCACAGAGGAAGACGGAGUGUGUUUUAAGUGGCAAAGACACGCACGGCGAGUGUGGUAACUUCGUCCGUCUGAUCGAGCCGUGGAACAGGACGCACCUGUACGUGUGCGGGACGGGCGCCUACAACCCUGUGUGCACCUACGUGAACCGAGGACGCAAACCCAUGACGGCCAUGAGUCUUCAGAUGCCCCAGACCAAAGGAAGAACUAGUCGUGCGGCCGAACCCGAAGUAGUGUUUGAUGAGACAGGACUACAGGAAUCUGUCUUCUUCUUAGAGCCGGGCAGAGAGGAUUCUGGAAAGGGAAAAUGUCCAUAUGACCCAAAGUUGAACAGCGUCUCUGCUUUGAUCAAUGGAGAGCUCUAUGCGGGGGUGUACAUUGACUUCAUGGGCACCGACUCAGCUAUUUUCCGAACUUUGGGAAAAAACGCUGUCAUGCGUACUGACCAAUACAACUCCAGAUGGUUGAAUGAUCCCUCCUUUGUACAUGUGCACCUCAUCCCUGACAGCAACGAGAAAAACGACGACAAGCUUUACUUUUUCUUCCGCGAGAAGUCUUCCGAGAUGGGCCAGAGUCCCAAAUCCCAGGCUCGCAUCGGCCGAAUCUGCAUGAAAGAUGACGGUGGUCACUGCUGUUUGGUCAACAAGUGGAGCACCUUCCUGAAAGCCCGUCUCAUCUGCUCCGUCCCGGGGGUGGAUGGGAUUGAAACGCAUUUCGACGAGCUCCGGGAUGUGUAUAUACAGCCCACUCAGGACACUAAAAGUCCGGUCAUCUACGGAGUCUUCUCUGUUUCUGGUUCUGUAUUCAAAGGCUCCGCUGUUUGCAUGUACUCCAUGGCGGACAUUCGGAUGGUGUUCAAUGGACCUUUUGCACACAAAGAAGGCCCCAAUUAUCAAUGGGUGGCCUACACUGGCAAAAUCCCAUACCCCCGUCCAGGAACAUGUCCCGGUGGGACAUUCACCCCCAGCAUGAAGUCCACAAAAGACUACCCAGACGAGGUCAUCAACUUCAUGAGGAACCAUCCCACCAUGUACAACGUGGUGUAUCCAAUGCACAAGCGCCCCCUGGUGGUCAGGACCAAUGUGGACUAUGAGUUCACCACCAUUGCUGUGGACCAGGUGACUGCUGCUGAUGGAAGCUAUGAAGUGCUCUUCUUGGGGACAGACAGAGGUACAGUGCAAAAGGUCAUUGUCCUGCCUAAAGAUGAUCAGCAGACAGAAGAACUUGUCCUGGAGGAAGUGGAGGUCUUUAAGGUACCUACUGCUAUCACAACAAUGAAGAUUUCUUCAAAACGGCAACAACUGUAUGUGGCGUCUGAGGUGGGCGUGACUCACCUGGCUCUGCACAGGUGUGAUGUUUAUGGCGAGGCGUGUGCAGACUGCUGUCUGGCCCGGGACCCUUACUGUGCCUGGGACGGAUCCUCCUGCUCUAGGUACUCAGCCUCUCAGAAGAGACGCAGUCGCCGGCAGGAUGUGAAGUACGGGAACCCCAUACGGCAAUGCAGAGGAUACAAUUCCAACUCCAAUAAGAACACACUGGAGUCUGUACAGUAUGGGGUGGAGGGCAGCAGCACGUUUCUGGAAUGCCAGGCCAGAUCUCCUCACGCAGCCAUUAAAUGGCAUCUCCAUAGAGACAACAGUGACCGGAGACGAGAGGUUCGCAGCGAUGGCCGUGUUUUAAAGACAGACCCGGGCUUGCUCCUCCGAUCCCUGCAGACCUCUGAUUCUGGAAUCUACGUCUGCACAGCCACGGAGAAGAACUUCAAGCACACCUUGGUCAAACUUCAGCUGGUGGUUUUGACCAACCAGGCCGUCAAUAACAUACUGGUCGAAACAGGCCGACCAGCAGCGUCUUCACUCCAGUCCAGCGCCUGGACCCCCAGCUCCGGACAGUACAAAGACCUUCUGACCAUCCUUAGUCAGCCCGAGAUGGGCCUCAUAAAUCAGUACUGCCAGGACUAUUGGCAGUACGGAGACCCGCUGACAGGAGGCAUCAAGUCCAAAGACCUGAAAGAGCUCAAGGAACAAAAGAAGCCGAGGAAUCGCAGACAUCACGGGGACGAAGAGGAAACAUGAGGGGUGUCUGCCACAUGCGGCCCCCUAUAGGACUUUCUAAAAAAAGAAGAAUCCUGGAGAAAAGAAAAGGAAAAUAUAAACUUCCAUCAACCCAACUUUGGAAUUCCCUUUUAACACAUAAAGAUGAUAUCAUACACAGUAUUUAUUGUAGGUUGUAUAUAGUACCAUUCUGUGGAUUUCUUUGUACUUAAAUAGGAAAAAAGAAUGCUCUUUGUGUAUAAGUACCUAACGGGCAAAUAUUAUUGUAAUAUUUGUAUUGUCACAACAACAAGAAAACAAAAGAGAAAAUCGAUUUCCAUCUUCCGGGCAUUGAUGACUGUUGUGUAUACUAACAUAAAUACUCCAUAGACUGUGAACUGAGUUGAGCGGAGAUGGUGAAGAAGGGUAAAGAAAGAGAGACUGGGCAGAAGUUGCCCACUGGACUCUAUAUGGCUAUAUACAGAAAGACAUUUGGAAAAGGCGAGGCAUGAAAAAGGGACAUCAUAACGCUCCUCACCGCUAGUUCCAAGUGCAUUCUGGUCCCUCAUUGAUUUCAAUGAAGCACCAGCUCAUAAUGUCUUCCCUGAUGUCACUAUAUGCACACAUCUGUUUUCAUUGCACAAAUGUUAAGGUGUCAUUUGCGAUUUAAACCGAUUCUAACAUGUUUAGUUGGAUAUGUAAAAGUGCUGCUGAGGGUUUUUAGUAAGCUUCUUUUUGUUUGUUUCUUUGCCAAUUUUGAAAAAACUAAAAGCACAAACCAACCCAUCAUGAUGUCACAAGUCAUAAAUUCACAGUUGGGUAAAUAUAAAGUCACAUUUCACCCCCAAACUGGAAAGAAAAUAAAUGUUUGUUUUUUCCCCAUAAAGACUGUAACCUGUUGUAGGUCAUUAUAGGGAUUUUUCAUGAGAACUAAGCAAUUUUUCUUGGCUGGGCGUUUUUUAUUCAUUUUCAGAGGUGAUUCUCAUUACUGUUAUACAGUAUUUUGGUAACACUUUACAAUAAGUAGUUAACAUGAACUAACAAUGAACAAUACAUGCACAGUAUUUAUUAUUCUUAGUUCUUGUUCAUUUCAGCAAUUACUAAUAGACCUAUAUGUUUAAAUCCAAAGCUGUAUCUGUUAAUAUUGGUUAAUGCACAAUUAACUAAAUAAAACCAUUGCCGGCAUUAACCAACAUCAUUAAAGAUGAACAAAGGCUGAAAAACGAUUAUUCAUUGUUAGUUAAUGCAACGCGUCAUCCUACUAUUGUUAAUAAAUACAACCUCGUAAAGUGUUUCAUAAUUUAUUGAUUUGUUUGUGGUAAAGUAAAAACUCUUUUUUUUCUGCUUUUGGGGUGAAAUGGGAAACAAGCAACAUUUCAUUUUCAAAAUGUGUUCACACUGUAUAGAACAUUUGCCAGAGUUUACUCAAGGUCUUGGGAAAGCUGGCUUUUCAUUGUGUGCAUGAUUAUGUAGUGGUAUCGUAAAAUUAAAGAUGGCUAUGUUGCAGUUCUUUCUGUUCCUAUAUUUUAUUGUAAGGUCAGUGUUGGCUGGGGCAGCUUACAGUGCAACCCCUCACAUUAAAAUGACAAUGAUGGCAUCGUUACGUUCCCUGCGAAAUAAUUUACCAGAUUAACCCCCAGUUCUUCCAUUAAUGCAGUGUCUUACAUUGAGAGAAAAUGGUUGUACAAUUUAUUGGUAUUUUUAAGAUGUGUCUUUAGAAAUGUUUGUGCUUUUAUUUUGUCAUCCGUUUGAGACUAAAAAGCACAGGUGACGUUACUGUGAUAAUUGUGUAAAUGAUUUUCUUUUCCCUCUCGCUGUUGCUAACUAAUAAAUUAAAGCUCUAUAUUUUAUAGUAAUGCCGC